AUGUUUCGUAUCCAACCAACUCCACCGUUUCUUUCUUCUUCGUCGGAUCUUUCGCUAAAUUUGCCGUCAAAAAAAAGAAUCGGAGAAAAGAGGAAAAGUUCUCAUCUUUGUCUUCUCUUACCGUUCGUUAUCUAAGUCCUUCUCUCUCUUUGCCUCCAAAUUCUCUGCUCCAUUUUGUCUCGAAGGCAUGAAGCAGUAAAGAGACGAAAUGGGUAAUAAGCUGGGAAGAAAGAGACAGAUUGUGGACGAAAGAUACACUAAGCCACAACAAGGUUUAUACAUGAGCAAAGAUGUCGACGUUAAAAAGCUUAAGAGACUUAUCUUAGACUCUAAGCUUGCUCCUUGUUAUCCUGGUCUUGAAGAAACCUCCUCCCAUCAUGAUCUUGAGGAAUGUCCUAUUUGCUUUCUGUACUAUCCGAGCCUUAAUAGGUCAAGAUGUUGUAUGAAAAGCAUUUGUACAGAGUGCUUUCUGCGGAUGAAGAGUCCGAAUUCAGCUCAACCUACUCAAUGCCCGUUUUGCAAAACAUCCAAUUAUGCUGUCGAGUAUCGUGGAGGGAAAACUAAAGAGGAGAAGAGCAUUGAACAAAUUGAAGAGCAGCAAGUUAUAGGAGCCAAAAUAAGGAUGAGGCAGAAGGAAGUUGAAGAAGAUGAAGAAAGAAUGCAGAAACGUCUGGAAUCGUUUUCUUCUAGUUCUAGCACUAGUGCAGCAACUCUUGAUACAGAAUAUGGUUCUGCUGCAGAGGAUGAUGAGGAAAUUGUUUUAUCUCAAGACUCAUGUCUUCUUCCAUCGCACCCUCAGGUUACAAGGGACGGUCAGUUUGACUUUGAUCUUGAAGAUAUAAUGGUCAUGGAAGCAAUAUGGCUCUCGAUGCAGGAACCAGGAAUUCAGAGAAACACAUCACCUGAUGAUAUUUCAGAAAAAGAUCAUAAUGAGGAACCAUCGACUCCGUCAUCAUCAUCUCCAUCAGGUGGGCUAGCUUGUGCAAUCGCGGUCCUCGCUGAACGCCAGCAAAUGGUUGGAGAAUCUUCCUCCAAUCAAAACGUUAACCUUGCAUCACAAAACAUGGUUCCAGACAAUUGUAACAACAGUCAUUACAAUGCCAUAGUACAAGAUAGUAACCAUUACCUUCAAGGAGCAGGAAUUAGCUAUACAAGAUCUGAUAUGUCUGAUGAUAGUGGCGGUGAGACUUCCAGGGAAGUUACAUGGCAAUAGAGUUCCCAAAGGUUAAAAAGGAAAGCUUCAAAGUUGUUAUAUAGUCUUUGCUUAUAUUAUGUUAGUGUGAGUGAAUGGUUUUUUAGAUUGUUAGUUAGUUUUCAGGGUGUAUGUUGAUCAUUUCAUACAUGUGCCAAUAGGAAAAACCAAAACGAUUUUCAUUUCCUUAUACAGAAAGUUGGUUGUUUGGUUAUGGUAACAUUGCACAAGAAUGAAAUGAAGAAUAUAAUUUUUUAAAAAA